AUGGCACGUGCCGAGGAAGUGCGCAGUCUUCUGCAUGCAGUCCAAGAUCUCCUCAUCCCCUUCAUCCGAUCGGCCGAUGGUGACUCGCUGAAAAACGGCGUCAAUGGCAAUUCCCACCAACCACGCCCCUCGAAGACUUCCUUGGUCGAUUCCAAGAAACCCGACGAGCUCCAGCGCAUUCUACAACUGCAGGUCCCUGACCAGGGCGCCGGACAGGAGGGCUUGAUCGAGGUCUUGCAGAAGGUCCUACGCUACUCCGUCAAUACCUGGCACCAGGGCUUUCUUGAUAAACUCUAUGCCUCGACCAAUGCACCCGGGGUGGCCUCGGAGCUGAUCCUGGCGGCCCUCAACACCAACGUCCAUGUCUACCAGGUAUCGCCGGCCCUGACGGUGAUCGAGAAGUAUACGGGACAGCAGCUGGUGACUCUCUUUGGACUCACGGGCCCUCGAGCUGGAGGCAUCUCCGUCCAGGGGGGUUCAGCGUCCAACACGACCUCUAUUGUCAUCGCGCGCAAUAACCUUUUCCCCAGCACCAAAGACGAUGGUAACGGCGACCACCGAUUCGUGCUCUUCACCAGCGCCCACGGCCACUACAGCAUCGAGAAAGCCGCCCAGAUGCUGGGCCUCGGAAGUCGAUCGGUCUGGUCGGUACCCGUCGACGCCCAGGGACGGAUGAAACCAGACGAGCUGGACAAGCUGGUACAGAAGGCAUUGAGGGAGAACCGCACCCCGUUCUACGUCAACGCCACGGCCGGGUCGACCGUCAUGGGAUCCUUCGAUCCGUUUGAGGAAAUCGCCGCCAUCUGCCGACGGUACAACCUCUGGUUCCACGUCGACGGCUCCUGGGGCGGCUCGUUCGUCUUCUCGCAGCGUCAACGACAGAAACUCGCCGGUGUCGAACAAGCCGAUAGCAUCGCUAUCAAUCCGCACAAGAUGCUCGGUGUCCCCGUCACCUGUUCCUUCCUACUAGCCGCUGACCUGCGUCGAUUCCAUCGCGCCAAUACCCUCCCCGCCGGAUACCUCUUUCACAACGACGACGAUGACGACGAGGAUGAUGCGUCAUCGGACGGACCGGACUCCGAACUGGCCGUAGAUUCACCCGAGGUCUGGGACCUAGCGGACCUGACGCUGCAGUGCGGACGACGCGCAGACUCCCUAAAGCUCUUCCUGGGCUGGACCUAUUAUGGCACGAUGGGAUACGCGACGCAGAUCGACGCGGCCUGCGACAUUGCCGCGCAUCUGGCCACCCUGGUAGCAGAACAUCCCGACUUCAUCUUGGUCAGCGAGAACCCGCCCCCGUGUCUCCAGGUAUGUUUUUACUACGCACCGGGGGGACAACUCCUGCGUCCGCGGGGCACCGUGACAAACGAGUCCGACCGAGCCAAGACCAACAGCAGGGUCACGGAACAGGUGACACACGCGAUCGUGGAUCGGGGAUUCAUGGUGGAUUUUGCACCGCCCACGGGAGACGAGGAGACCCGGGGGGAUGGGAAGUUCUUUCGCUGUGUUGUGAAUGUGCAGACUACUAGGGAGACGGUCGAGGAUUUGCUGCGUGCUAUUGAAGACGUCGGCCCGGCUAUUGUCGAUCGACUCCGUCAUGGCUCGAAAUGA